AUGGAACAAAGGCGAAGCCAGACAUGGAGCGAGCGGACAAAGUGGGUUGCUUUCAUGACGGUUUUGGUUACGUUGUGGAGCAGAGCUUCAGGACAAUUCCGAUAUUCCAUAUCCGAGGAAGUGAAAGAAGGAACGGCUGUUGGAAAUGUUGCCAAGGAUUUAGGUGUUGAUAAGACCACACUGAAAGAAAGGGGGUACCGUAUUGUCUACGGCUCGACAGAGCCUCCUUUUCGAGUAAAUCAAGACGAUGGUAUAUUGUAUGUAAACCAACAAAUUGACAGAGAGGAAGUGUGCGACCGUAGCAAGGUUUGUGUAAUCGACUUAAAAACCGUGCUAGAAAACCCACUAGAGGUGCACUAUGUUGCCGUGGAGAUUCUGGAUGUUAACGACCACGCACCAAGCUUUCCCGAAAAUGAAAAUAUGUUAGAGAUUUCUGAAUCCGCGUUACCAGGAGCAAGAUUUCAGCUACAAGCGGCGCGUGAUGCUGAUAGUGGUUUAUUAUCCGUUCAGCAGUAUAAACUGAGUCAGAACGAACAUUUUCGCUUGGAAGUGAAAGAUCGUGGCGAGGACCGUAAAACACCUAGUUUAAUUCUUCAAAAAUCACUUGAUAGAGAAUCUGCCAAGACUCAUAGAUUACUUCUGACAGCCAUUGAUGGGGGUAAACCUUCACGAUCCGGUAACAUGACAAUAAUUGUUGAUGUUUCCGAUGUCAAUGAUAACCCCCCAGUUUUCACCCAGGAGUCCUAUACUGUGCAGCUAAAAGAAAAUUCUCCUAUUGAUACUACUGUGGUUCAAGUUAAUGCAACAGAUAUGGAUGAAGGUUCAAAUGGUGAAGUUGUAUAUUUAUUUGGAAAGGAUGUGGAUGAACGGGCACGUGCACGUUUUGAUUUAAACUCAAUGACUGGAGUAAUAACUGUGGCAGGGCCCAUAGAUUUUGAAGAAUGUAGCAGAUACGAAAUUGAUAUCCAGGCAUCCGACAAAGGUGCAGCUACACUUGUUACAGACAAAAGCAUUAUUAUACAUAUAGUUGACGUAAACGACAAUGCACCAGAGAUGGAAGUGACAUCUUUCUCAAGCGCAAUCCCGGAAGAUUCAAAACCAGGAACCACAGUGGCCUUGAUAAGUGUUAAAGAUUCGGACUCUGGUCUCAACGGAAAAGUUAUGUGUUAUAUUAGCCAAGAUCUUCCUUUUAUGCUUACUCCAUCUCUGCAAAAUAACAUGUAUUCUCUGGUAACAAAAUUGCUUUUGGAUCGAGAGCAGGAGUCGCAAUACAAUGUGACAAUUGUAGGUAAAGACGCAGGGGAACCAUCCUUAUCAUCAGAACAAAAUAUACAAAUUGUUGUAUCAGAUGUAAAUGAUAACAGACCAGUGUUUUUACAGAACCCAUAUGCUUUCUACAUAACUGAGAAUAACAACCCGGGAGCUUCUAUUUUAUCAGUGAAAGCCCGUGAUGAUGACGACGGUAGUAAUGCUCUCAUUACAUAUUAUAUAUUAAGGGACAAAGGGGGAGAACAUUUGUUCACUUCAUUCCUAAAUGUAAAUAGUGAAACCGGACAAAUAUCCGCGUUAAAAAGUUUUGACUUUGAAACUCUGAAAAAGUUCCAGUUCCAAGUUGUUGCCUCAGAUUCUGGAACUCCGUCACUAAGCAGCAACGUCACAGUGAACGUGUUCAUUCUGGAUCAGAACGACAACGCUCCAGUCAUCCUGUAUCCAGUCAGCUCUAACGGUUCUGCUGAAGGUGUGGAGGAGAUUCCCCGCAAUGUGAACGCAGGACACUUGGUGACUAAAGUCAGAGCCUAUGACGCUGAUAUAGGAUAUAACGGCUGGUUACUGUUUUCACUGCAGGAAGUUAGUGACCACAGUCUCUUUGCUUUGGACCGCUAUACAGGACGGAUCAGAACACUUCGCUCAUUCACAGAGACAGACGAGGCUGAGCAUAAACUGCUCAUACUGGUGAAAGACAAUGGGAACGUUUCACUGUCAGCAACAGCUACUGUGCUUGUCAAAGUUGUGGAGCCCAAAGAGGCUUUUGCUGCUUCUGAUGUUAAAAGUGCAACAAAGGAUGAUGAUGAUGAUAAUGUGACUUUUUAUCUGAUGAUAACUUUGGGCUCAGUUUCAACACUUUUUCUCAUCAGUAUCAUCGUGCUGAUUGCAAUGCAGUGCUCUAAAUCCACAGACUAUACUUCUAAAUAUCUACAAGAGCCUAAUUAUGAUGGGACACUGUGUCACAGCAUCCAGUACAGAUCUGGAGAAAAGCGGUACAUGCUAGUUGGACCCAGGAUGAGUAUAGGAUCUACUAUAGUCCCGGGCAGCCAUGCCAACACACUAAUGCUUCCUGACAGGAGACACACUUCUGGAGAGGUAAGACAAAUGCUUUGGAUGUUUUGA